AUGCGUAACCUGAACAAAGCGAUACGCAUAGCAGAGAGAGAAAAUGUCGAUUAUCAAGAUUGGAUUACGGGUAUGCUAGAAGCUUAUAGAGCAACGCCACAUUCUUCAACAUCGAAGAGUCCGUACGAGUUGAUGUUUGGUCGGAAGAUGAAUUUGAGCAUUUUUCCAAUUC